GGCGGCUAGGUUCGUUUUCAGUGUAUGGUUUUCCUCGCUAAGCGCUUCUGCUUGGUACCAGCAAUGGAGGGCGUGCGCUGGGCCUUUUCCUGCGGCACUUGGCUGCCGAGCCGAGCCGAAUGGCUGCUGGCGGUGCGAUCGAUCCAACCCGAGGAGAAGGAGCGCAUUGGCCAGUUCGUCUUUGCCCGGGACGCUAAGGCAGCCAUGGCUGGUCGUCUGAUGAUAAGGAAGUUAGUUGCAGAGAAAUUGAAUAUCCCUUGGAAUAAUAUUCGUUUGCAAAGAACUGCAAAAGGAAAGCCAGUUCUUGCGAAAGACUCAUUGAAUCCUUACCCCAAUUUCAACUUUAACAUCUCUCAUCAAGGGGACUAUGCUGUACUUGCUGCUGAACCUGAGCUACAAGUUGGAGUCGAUAUAAUGAAGACUAGUUUUCCAGGUCGUGGCUCAAUUUCAGAAUUCUUUCAUAUUAUGAAAAGAAAGUUUACCAACAAAGAAUGGGAAACAAUCAAAAGCUUUAAGGACGAAUGGACUCAGCUGGAUAUGUUUUAUAGGAAUUGGGCACUAAAAGAAAGCUUCAUAAAAGCCAUAGGUGUUGGGCUAGGAUUUGAAUUGCAGAGGCUUGAAUUUGAUAUAUCCCCAUUAAACCUGGAUAUAGGCCAAGUUUAUAAAGAAACACGUUUAUUUCUGGAUGGGGAAGAAGAAAAAGAAUGGGCAUUUGAGGAAAGCAAAAUAGAUGAGCACCAUUUUGUUGCAGUAGCUCUUAGGAAACCCGAUGGAUCUAGACAUCAGGAUGUUCCAUCUCAAGAUGAUUCUAAACCAUCCCAGAGGCAGUUUACUAUUCUCACCUUUAAUGAUUUAAUAUCAUCUGCUGUUCCUAUGACCCCUGAAGAUCCUUCAUUUUGGGACUGUUUUUGCUUCACAGAGGAAAUUCUAAUACGAAAUGGUGUUGCAUUUUUUACAAAUGGAAGGCAAGACCCUCCACUAGCAAAAAGAUUACGACUCGCUUGAUUACAGUGGUCUGGAACAGAACCUGCAAUAUCUCUGAGGUAUGCCUGUACAUGCUUAUUGUAGCAAAAAAUAGAAAAUGCAAAUACGCAAAAAGAAAACAUUUAAAUUCCUAUCUUUCAGAGAGAACUAUUUCAGAGAGAACUGUUUCUAAAACCUGGAGUGUAUUUCCAGAUCUUUCUCUUGGUAAAUGAAUCUGUAUUAAUAUACUUGUUUGUUUGAUUGUUGUUGUUGUUGUUGUUUUAAAAAGAUGGGAACAUACUGUUUUGUAAUUUUUUUUUCCUUUUAACUGCACAUCUGCUGUUCAUAAAAAUGUACUUCUGUGGCAUAACUUUUACUGGCCCUGAAGUUUUCUGUUGUGUGGCUCAUGUCAGGAUGCUUUUGAUUAGCGGUAGCAGUGUCCAAAUUGAAUUCACUUAAGUAACCAGGGCCAUUUGUAUCUCACACAACACAGUUCAGAGCUGUCAUUAAGGACCCUCUUUUUGCCGCAGCCUCAGUUUGUUUUGCCUUAGGCUUAUCUCCCUCCUGGUCGGUCAUAGGAAUUGCUGCUAUAACUUCCAGCUUCAUGUCUUCAUAAAACUGCAUCUAAAAGAAAAGAAAGUCCAUUUUUCCUCUUACAUCUCAAUUUUGUCCGUGAGGAGUACAUUUCCCACAAGCCCCCAGAAGAUUUCCCCUCAGUUUCCCUUGCCUCAGAUCAGGUCGCUGUAGCAGCUGAUCUCUGACAUGAUUAGCUUCUGCGGGAAGUGGCCCCUUGGGAAGGGAGAAGCUAAGCCAAAGUUGAGGGGAAGCCCACACUGCCUGCCCUAAGGAAGUUAUGCCACAAAUUGACUCAUUUUCUCCUAUUUGUUAGACAUUUUGAUUGUCUGAGAUUUCACUGUCAGCAGUGGUUCAAUGAAUAUUCUUGUAACCACAUUUUGAAAUACAAUUUGAAAUUUUUUCAAGAACUGUCCUUGAGAAAGUUCUGGAAGUGGAAUGAUUAGUUCAAAGGGUUUAAAAAGUUUUUAAUAAGUAUUGUCAAAUUUCUCUCCGAAAAGGCUGUACAGUUUACACUUCCAAUUAGUUUUAUAUGUGUGACACCCUUUUACUGCCCCCCCACCCCCCACAUACUCCUUGGUCAUCUGUAGAUGCUAUUUUUUUUAAUGUACUCUUUGCCAAUAUAAGUGGAAAAUGGUACCUUAUUUUUAAUUUGUAUUUCUUUCAUUACAAAUGAGGUUGAUAUGUCAGUGUUCUUAUUGGCUAUUUGUAUUCCUUUUUUAUGAAAGAUCUGUUCAUUGUCUUUGCUUGUUUUUAUUUUAGUAAAUAGGGCUUAAUUUAAAGUGGGAACAUAAUAUAUAAGAUGCCAAGACCAUCAUAUUGAUGACAGAAUCUAUUACAUGGUUAUAUAGUGCAUGUCUUGGGGAGUUAAAGUCUUAUUAUUGUUAAAUAUCAAGAAGUGAAAUAAUUUCAUUGUUUCUGUUACUAAAAUUGAAAGUUGUGUGUAAAUUGUAUACAAUUAGAUACUUCGCUUAGUAAAAAAGAUUUGGAAUGUUUUAUAAUUUCUUUAUUUUAUUAAGCAUGCCAACAUGUUCCAAGCAUACUAAAUAACGUGUUUUAAAAGAUCAAGUAGCAUUUAUAAUAGAAGAAGCAUUGUUACCUCUAGCAUGAAUGUAAUGGUGAUAUGAAAAACUCAUCUGUCUUGUCAUUAUAAUAAUAAAAUGAUUAACAUAUUGAAUUUUUAUGAGCCAGAUA